GCUUUGUUGGUCAGAGCAAGGAAACACAGCACCCAUGCCGAUUGGCAAUUACCCGCUGCUCCCAACUAAUUAACAAACGACUUUAUUAAAGCGCACGACGCGCGAGGUGGCGACACGGGAGGCGCCGGACGCUGCCCAAAUUCCUCCGCGUCUGGGUCUGCGUCUGCCUGACUAGACACCGGACAAUCAACCGCUCUUUUUAGUCGUUUUCUCCCCGUCCCCCACUCGCUCCACUCUCCCCACUCUGAUCGGCCAAAGGUAAAGCGGACGCCCCGGCGAAGAAGCUCUCGAACGCCGCCGAUCCAUCGUCGUCCAUGGUGAGGUCCCAGUCGCUCGACAGCUACUCCUCCGUCCAGGACGUCACCUACAGCUGCGGCUACUGCGGCUACGCGCUGAACCUGAGCUCCUCGGCGCGGGACACGGCCACCAUCGGCUACUCCAAGUACGGCAAGCAGAUCAGGAAGGGCGUCGUCGCCUUCCACGCCGUCGACGAGUCCCGAUUCACGCUGGCCGACGAGGUCACCUGCGCGCCCCACCUCCGCCCGGGGCGCGCCUGGUCAUGGUCGUGGGGCCUCUUCAGGAGGAGGUCCCGCCUGCUCUGCCGCAAGUGCGGCGGCCGCAUCGGCGCCGCGUACCAGCAGGACGAGGGUGAUGACGGCGGCUCGGACGACGACCUGCGCACGAGCUCAGGCGACAGCGGCGGCGGUGGCGGCGCGUCGAGAAGGAGGAGCUACGUGAUCAAGAUCAGCGCGCUGCAGCCCUCGUCGGACGAUUUUACCGCUGUUCCCUUCUCUCUAUGACGAGUAGGGCGUCGCGAAUUGCCUCCAUUAAGAUUUAAAGAGUGUAUACCGCGAGUAUUGUUGCUCAAUUUUGUUUCUCUGAUUGUACUAGACUAGAAGAGCUUGAUGUACUCCUUAUGUAAAUUGGAUCCCGCAGAGUUUGUGUUUUGUAGUGAAGUUCACCAUAUGUCACAGUUUUGAGUCACCUUGUACUAUGUAUCAAUGGCUUAAUUUC